AUGACAAUUUACAUCUGGAUAGUGUACAUGGAGAACCACACACUGACGAUGACCAAUACAAAUGUUUCACAAGACAGUGGAAAGAUGAUUAAUUCUGACAUCAAUAAAGAAAACACCUCAGCUGAAGGCCCAAAUAUAGAGGCUGCACUGAGCAUGUCUCCAAAAUCGGCUGAGAAGUUAUUGGCCGGACACAAGCCGACGAUCGGUGGAAGAAUAGCCCCCAGUAAAAAAGGGGCGGGAGGUGCCAAGAAAGGGGGUUUGGGUGCUCAGAAAGUGACAACUAAUUUUGCAGAAAUCGAGUCAGCGGCCUUGCAGAAGGAAAAGGAAGUCCCAAGUGCAAUCAAAGAUCAUAAAUCCAAACCUGAUAACGACAAAGAUAAUUACAUCUCCAUGAACCUGGCCUACAAAGAAUUGGCAAUUGAUGAGAACAAGCGAGCUCAACAGUUCAAAAAUUUUGAUCCCAAAAAAUUGGAACAGGCGGAGAGGCUUGGCAUGGGUUCUGGGGGUACAAGAUUAGUGAGUCACUCAGCCACCUCAGAUAUGCAGUGCAUAAAUCAGGAGAACCCGACCAAUGGCUCGGCCCACUACAAAAUGGAUCGAUACUCGUCUAGGGGCUCCAAAAAUAACAAUGACGACGACUUUGAAGUCAUCAACGAUGUCAGAUCUUUCCAAAUGAAGUCCAACUACUUUGACGCCAAGCACUCGUCAGAUGACAGGGACUUCAACGAUAAGUCUAAUUGGACGAAAAAAUCCUCUCGAAGCAUGCAGGAAAAUGAUUUCGGAGGUGCUGGUUUUGGAGGCUAUGGCGGCAGUAGCAGCAGUGGUAGUGGUGGUGUGGUCGCUAAAGAUGAUGAUGAUAGAGGUCGCAGUCGAAAGGCUUACCCGGUGCCGAGUGUUGAAACGUCGUCAGAAGCACAGCAGAAAUUCGGCAACGCCAAAGCCAUCUCUUCUGAUCAGUUUUUUGGAGGAACUAGAGAUAUAGAUUACGAAGCGAAACAGAAUCUGAGGAAAUUUGAAGGUAGUAACGCCAUCUCGAGUUCCGAAUUAUUUGGUGGGGCUCCUGAUAACUCAAGGUCAAAGUCAAUUGCAUAA